UCCGGUCGAUAUCUCAGUAUAUUACAUAAUAAUAACAUCCAGGCAAAAGUCGCAUGCAUUAUCAGUUAAAACUUUUCACCUUUUCAUGUUUAUCUUGCCACAAGAAUUGAUUUAGACAGAUAACAAAACAGAGAUAUGUCUGACAAACCACCUCCAUAUCAGCCCCCUCAAGGUUAUCCACCACCUCAACAGGGUUACGGCCAGCCCCCACAGGGUUACGGCCCACCCCCACAAGGAUAUGCCCCCGGACCACAAGGAUAUCCACCACCCCAACAUGGAUAUGCCCCACCCCCACAAGGAUAUGCCCCGCCCCCGCAACAUUCCCAUCACACCAACACGACAGUAGUGGUAGGGGGAGGGGCACCAGCACCUGUUGUCAUACAACAGGUGCCCGAGAGGUACAAUAGGGUUUUUUGUUUAAAGGAGAUGGGUGAACUUAGCGUGCAGAAAGCCCACUAG